AUGUUGGCCUGGAACCUGUUCGGGUGCCUCUGGCUCCCGAUCUGGUCGCUCCUAUGGUCGCUCAGCCUGCAGCAGGAUGACACCUUUGCCUUCGUGAAUCCUCCGCCCAGCCAGUCGUCCAUCUCCGACCCGGUCUACGAUGUCGGCGACCCGAUCGAUAUCCAGUGGGUUGGGUCCAAUACUUUUGUUUCCGUUCGUCUGGUUCACUGGUUGCCCAACGCGGAUGAAUUCGUCUAUGUGUUUGACAAUGUCACGAAUCUGGGAGGCCACUUCACCUGGGUUAUUAACCUGGGUAGUAUGAACCUUAGCAUUUCCGACAAAUUCUUCUUCAACAUCUUUGUCGAAGGAGAAAUCACGCCGCGCGCCGUGAGCCACAAUAUCACCCUCGCCAACCCUUCCACCUCUACCACCUCUACCACCUCUACCACCGCAUCGGCGACUACAACUCACACCACCCUAUCUACUUCGACGACUGCUACCUCCACGACUUCGGCGCCAGCAUCCACGACAACCACGUCAGUACCCACAACCUCUGCCGCGUCCUCUAGCAGUGGCUUAGACACAGGAGCCAAAGCAGGCAUCGGUGUUGGUGUUGCCGUCGGUGCUCUCGCCAUCCUCGCAAUUGGUUUCUUCUUCUGGAAACGAUCCCGUGCAAACAACGCCACAGCAGGAGCAGGAGGAGGAGGUGCGAAUGCCCCGCCGCUCAACUAUCAGCCAGUCAACCAGCAGGCGCAUUCGGGCUAUUAUAAACCUCCACCACCAGCUCCGCUGUCUGAGUUAUCAGAAGGGACAUCGCGUCAGCCCCCGUCUGAGCUGUUGGGAUCCGGGCCGCCUACAGCCCAUGAAAUGCCAGACACCUCUAGGGCCUAG